UCAAAAAAACAUUUCAGUAGUGUUGCUACCAAACGUCGAUUGAUUGAAGUCUAAAUCGAUAAAAUGGGUAAUUUAGUUUUUAAAGUCAAAAUUAGUGUCUAAUUCAAUUAUUUAACUUAUUUAAAUUUUUGCUGUAGAUAAGUCGUUAAUUGUCAUUUUGAGAUUAACAGAAAAACUAACGACACAAAAGGGAAUCAAUACCGACGCGCUUGUUUUGACAACAAUCAGCUGAUAAUAUUUGAUUCUGUGUCGGACUGUCAGUAGUGAUCGUAAAAGUAGGGCGUUGUGUCGUAUCUUGUUUUAUUACUUAACUAUUAAAGUCAAUUAAGUUCGUUAUUACCAAAAUGGGUAAUUAUUUUACAGUAAACAUGGAAGAAAAUUUUAAAAAGAAUCAGGAAUUUAUUCAGACGAUUAAUAAAAUCAAGAUGGAAAGACAGAUUCAAUUACAAUAUCAAAUGCAAGAGCGACAAAUGGCAUUGCAAAUUGCUAAAAAUAGAGAUACCUGUCUUUGGAUGACAACUUUUUACAUUACCGCUGCCACUGGUUUAUUCACAGGUUUCAGGAGAACAAAGAGGCCAUACCUUCUGAUGCCACUAAUACCCUUAACCUUUGUGACCCUUUAUUAUUGGGACCUUGCCUACGGAAACAAAGUCCAUAGGAUUAGAAUGGAAGCUGAACACAUCAUGACCCAUGAAGCCGAGUCUCUGGAGUGGCCGUGCGGUCUUCCAUCUCCGUCUUCCAUCGACAUCGGACGCGAGGAUGAGGAGGAGAAAAAACGAAUCCAUCCACCACUUCUGUAAACUGUUCGUCAACAAUCUCAAUGUUCAGGCAUGUGCCUUUAGCUUUGUAGUUUAAAAAGCGUUUAUAAAUUAAUGUCUCAGCUAAGAGAUACCCAUAAAUUAUUUAGGAAUAUCUACGUUUUUCAUAUUUAAUGAGCGAAAUAAUUGAAAAACGAUUUAUAGAAAUUCGUUGAAUGUUAUCUUAACGAUUGUACGAUAUUCGCCAUGUUUAAAAUUUAAAUAGAGUCAGACCAUGACAAAUCUGCAUCGAUUUUAAUAGCACACGCAUUGCAAGUGUUAUUUUAAACGUCGAACUUAUAUGAAAUUAUGAAGUAUAAAUAACACUCGCACUGCGUGUGUUAUCAAAAUUGUCACAGAGUUGUCUUGGUCUAACUCUAACGUUUAUAUAAUUAUGUGAUUUUCCACGGGUAACAGUACCUUAUGAUGCCGCCCGGAGCUUACGUUACGUAGGACCGCAUAAGUAUUACAGGUAGAGACCCAUAAGGGCCAUACGGUAACUUUACCCGCAAAACGUCACAUAUAAAAGUAAAUUAACUCAAAUUUAUGGAUUUUUCCAGUAUAAUACGAUUUUAGAUAUUUCUGAAAAAGUACUUAAAUUCAAAAAUGUUACUACAUUCCUAUUUGUAAUCCAAACUGAGAAUACUCAAAGUACAAUAACAUGUUUGGGAUGUUAUAAGAAAACAAGCAUGAUAUCAUAAAUUCCAAAAUGGAACAUCUCGGCUCGUCGUCUUUUUUCUAAUAAAGGUACAUUAUAUUCUAUUAAAAUUAAUAUUUGUGAUGAAAUGUUUAAAAAUUUGAACAAGUUUUUAGGGUAGUUAUUUAAGACAACGAGGUGAUGAUGAGAUUUAGGACAAAUUAUGGAUUUGAAAGUCUGUCAAGUGAUUGGAAUUGUGACGUCAUUCGUAUUAGGUACUUAAGUUAAUGUGGGUGACUUUAUCUGAGGGGACACUUUAACAAAUAUAUGAAUUGUUUUUUUUUUUUAAUUUUAUAUUUUUAAUAGCAAUCACCUCAUGGAACAUACUUUUUUCUGUGAAUCACCUAGUCAUUUUAGAGCAUGGGCGCCUUGUUAUGUGUUAUUUACACAAAGAUUUUACGUUUUUUACAAUUAUAUAUUUUUAGCAUUUUAGUGUAGCUCAAAUCUAGGGCAUGGUACUCCUGCCAAGUUGGAAAAAAUAGAACGACAUAGUUAAGUAUAAAGUAACUUAAAUAAUAUUUUAAAUGUAAUAAGUUCCGUAGACCGCUAUUUUGAUUUUUCGUUACAAACAAUAUUACCUACUUACUUAUAUAAAUAAAGUACAUUUAAGUUUUACAACUUGUUUUGUUAAGUUUUAUCAGUUUUGUUUUGAUGUUUACAUUGUUUAUGUAGGUAAUAAUUAUAUAACGUUUAUUAUGGUGCAUUAUAACACUGUUUUAAGAUAAAAACUUUAUGCUACGAAAGUGUUUCAAAUAAGAUUAUUUAUAAACAUUAAUAGUAGAUACUCAAUUAACAUGAAGUAUUCAACGACAAAUACCUAAUUAUAAGUACAUAUUCUUGUAAGUAAACGUUUACUAAUAAAUAUACAUUCACUCAU